AUGGGGGCGCGCAAGGCGCUGAAGGGGGCGGCCGCCGUAAUCGACGACGCCGCGGCCGCGCUGCGCGACGCGGGCGAGGCGGCGGCGGUCGUGGAUGACGAGGCGGCGGCGCUCGCACGCAUCGCCGCCGAGCGCGAGGCGGCGGCGCGCGCGGCGGCGGCGGCGCGGGCCGAGGCGGCGGCCAAGGCGCGGGCGGAGGCGGAGGCGGCGGCGAAGGCCAAGGCGGAGGCGGCGCAGCAGGUCCCGGCGCGCGUGGUCGGCAGCCCGUGGGACCGCUGA